CUGUUUUGAUGCAUGAUAGUAUAAACUACCCACACUUCUCAGUCCUUUGCUCUUCCUUCUCCAUUUUGCCCAUUUUUCUCUACUUCUACUCUGUGAAUUUUCCGGUAUCUAUUUUCUGCAAAUCGCCAUUUGCCGCUAGCUUCAAAGGAAUAUAAAAAUGUCGAGUAAAAGGCACUGUGAAGAUUUUUCGACUGAAACGCCGAGAAAGAAGCCAUCUAGGGUUUUAAGAAUCCAAGUUGAUUCAGAUGAAGAAGUUGGUAAUAAUGAAGGAAAAGUUUUUUAUUUUCGGGUUCUGUUGCCUAAUGGAAUAACUUUAGAGUUGCAAGUACCUGGACCACCUAGUGAAAUGCCUGUUGAGGAUUUUGUUAUUUUAGUGAGGCGAGAAUACCAAAAUAUCGGGCGAAGAACAGAUUCACCUAAGCCUAGAAGACAGAUUAAUUGGACUCGCAAGGAUUUGCAUUUUGUUGAUGCUUUUGAUAACAGGAUAACGAAGACGAUGGAUUUCAGGAAGUUUAAAUCCAACAAGUCUCAUAUGCUAAGGCUCUGUGAUGGUUCAGUUGAAGCAGAUAAAUAUGAGAAUAUGUGGGACCUUACACCAGAUACUGAUUUAUUGAAGGAACUGCCUGAAGAGUAUACAUUUGAAACCGCACUGGCAGAUUUGAUCGAUAAUUCAUUGCAGGCAGUAUGGUCUAAGUCUACAGACCAGAGAAGAUUAAUAAGUCUUGAGCUAACGAAGAGCAGGAUUACAAUAUUUGACACAGGCCUUGGAAUGGAUGGAAGUGCUGAAAACUCCAUAGUGAAAUGGGGAAAAAUGGGAGCUUCCAUUCAUAGAUCAGCGAGAGACAGAGGCAUAGGAGGAAAACCUCCAUACUUAACGCCUUACUUUGGUAUGUUUGGUUAUGGAGGGCCUAUUGCAUCUAUGCAUUUAGGCAGAAGAGCCUCUGUUUCGUCAAAGACGAAGGAGUGUAAGAAAGUAUACGUGUUACAUCUUGAGAGAGAUUCUUUGCUCCGCUGUUCUUCGUCUCAACAAACUUGGAGGACUGAUGGAAAUGUUAGAGACCCCUUGGAAGAUGAACUACGUGACUCAGUUGAUGGUAGCUUCACUAAAGUUGAAAUUUUUUAUCCAAAGAUGAGAAGCGAAAGCAUGCAGGAACUACAAUACAAACUGAAAGAUAUAUACUUCCCGUAUAUACAGUGUGAUGAAGUAUCAAAAACAGGAAAAACUGUGAUGCCUAUUGAGUUUCAGGUCAAUGGCACUAAUUUAGCGGAAAUCGAAGGUGGAGAGGUGGCAACCACAAACUUACUGUCCUGCAAUGGUCCAGAGUUUGUAAUGCAACUAAGCUUUCAAGUAAAGGAUAGCAGUGGUUUGAAAGUUGGUUCAGGAACAAAAUCCUCCUUCGAAGCACAUGCUCGCCUGAGGUGUGUUUAUUUUCCGGUGGCGCAGGGUAAAGAGAGCAUUGAGGUGAUAUUGGAAAAGCUAGAGGCAGAUGGGUAUGGAAUUACCGAGAAUUUUGAAACUUUCAGCCAUGUUUCUGUCCGUCGGUUGGGUCGUCUACUUCCAGAUGCUCGUUGGUCUUGGCUUCCCUUUAUGGAACCAAAGCUAAGAAAAAGUGAUAGGGCUGAAGUCCUGAAGAGAUGCUGCUUUAGAGUAAAAUGCUUCAUAGAGACCGAUGCUGGUUUCAACCCAACACCGUCAAAGACUGACUUAGCACAUCACCAUCCUUUCACCAUUGCAUUAAGGAACUUUGGCAACAAGCCUUCAAAUAAAGAGAAUGAUGUUCUCAUUGAGAUAGCCAAAGAUGGAAAGAAGUUGUCUCUCUUGCAAUUGGAGAAGCUAUAUCAGGAGUGGCUGUUUCAGAUGCAUGAUCGCUAUGACGAGGAGAUUGACUGUGGAGAGGAUCAACCUACUUUUGUAGUUGUUGGCCCUUUACACAAGAAAAAGCUUGGCGUUUCUGCAGAUGUUAUGAGAAUUCAUAAGGCUUUCCAGAGGAAAGGCAUAACUUGGAAAGCAGGGCAGAAGAUUAAAAUUUUGAAGGGAGCUUACAGGGGUUUCCAUAAGAACAACAUUUUCGCCACAUUGGAAUUUAUUAUCCUUGAAGGAUGGCAGGGGGACUCGGGCGGUGAGGCUCGAAUUAUCUGCAGGCCAUUAAAUGUCCCAGCUGAGAGUGGUUGUCGCCUCACAUUUGAUAAAGGAUGUUCUUGCUUUGAAAUUCGUGAUUCAAAAUCUUUGCCGAUUAGUGUGAUUGACACUGGAAAGUGCUUGUCUGUUGAUAAAACAGAAUGGGAGAACCAAAUUUUGAAACACCAAGAGAAAACCACACCAUCAUCAAUCGAUAUAUUAGACGCUGAGCAAUGUUUGGAAUUGGAAAUUGAGGGGGCGCUACCUCAGGAUGUUGAUGCUGGACAUGAACCUCCAGAGGAGAUUACUGCAGUUGUUCGUCCAGUUUCUUUUACUUCUGCUACUGCAUCCAAAAAUUUGGAUCAGAAAUACAUCAUGAAAGAAAAUUUUGUGAUGACUCUAGAGAUCAAAUUUAAAGCAGAUGAGAAUGAGAAAGAACAACAUAUUUACUCUGGCAAAUUGAAUCCUUCAUCGCUUAAAGGAUUUCAUGGUCUAUAUAUGUUCCCCCUGAAGAAGAAGUCACCAAACCUUUUUCAGACAGCAGGCAUUUAUCUAUUUCGAUUUUCUCUUAUAGAAAGUUGUACAAUUUCUGUAAAGGAAGUGCGCGUGAAAGCAUUGUCUGAGCCUGCUAGUUGGGAACUUGUAAGUGAUGGGAAGAGUACACACAGUGUUAGGGUUGGUUCUUGUUUACCAGAGGUUUUCAGUGUUGCAUGUCGUGAUAGAUUCUUCAAUCGUAUACCAUUCAAGUCACAGACAGAGAUAGAGAUGAAGUUAAGCUCUGGCGGCAGAGCUAUUUCAUCUGAAUGCAGUUAUGACCAAUAUAUUACACAUGACAGCUAUACCAUGAAAUUUAAGAAUGUAACCAUUGAAAGUAGUGAAUUGGAUAUGAUUCGACCAAGUUAUAAUGCUACGUUACAUAUAAAUUCAAGGGAGGAUCCAUUUGUUGUAGCUAUUCCAUGUGCAGUUAUUCCAGGACCAUUGCAGCGUAUCCUUCUGCGUCCUGUAGAUUUUGGCAAGAAAUUGGUUCCUGGGAUGGUACUUAAGGAGCUUGCACUUGAGACAUUUGACAAAUAUGGUAACCAUAUGAGAAAAGAUGAGCACAUCAAGCUGACACUGGAAGGAUUACAUUUACUAGAUAAAGGAAAUUCUUUUUAUAAGGUUGAUGAUCAUGGGUGUGUAAACCUAAGUGGAACCUUGAAAGUAACAGCAGGGUAUGGUAAACUUGUUUCCCUUUCUGUUUUGUCUGGCGAUGAAGUAGUUUUCAAGAAAGAGUUCCAAACUGAUAGGAGAUCGUUGCGAGUUGCAUCCAAGGUACCUAAAGUUUGUGCUGCUGGUUCUCAUUUGGAAGAUGUUGUUUUUGAGGUUGUAAAUUCUGCUGGUGAAGUGGAUGAAGAUAUCGAUAGUGAAAUAGAAGAUGGCCACUCUCAUACCCUUCAGAUAAGGCAGGACUCACUGAGGGAAGAAGACAAUGUGAGAUACAGCUUCCAUCGUGGACGCUGCAUCGUCCGCUCUAUUCCUCUUCCAAAUAACGAAGGGCUUUUCUUCUUUGUAGCCAGUCACUCUCGUUUCCACGAGCUGCAGACAAGCAUAGAGGUGCAUGUCGAGAAAGCUGUAAUCCAACCUAGAAGUCCCAAGAAAGAGAUUCUGCUUCUUGAGGAAUCAAAUGGCAAAGGACCAGAAACGGUGUGUCAUGACAGCUAUGAUGGAAGAAUAAUGAUCUUCAAUGAUUCAUGUGCUUCCAUGGUUCUGGAAGACAGACAACAGAAACUUGGGGAUGAUAUUUGCAGAUAUGGCCUAUGCAUCAGACAAUGUGAUGCAAAUGUGGAGUCACUUAGUAUUAAGCAAUCAAAUAUUGAGCUUGAGAUGUCCAACUUGGGAGCUUAUAUUGGUCUUGAUUCUUUUCACGACUUGUUCUAUGAUAAAGACGUGAUUAUGGAGAAGAUUGAAGGAAAGGCGGACAGUGCAGCUGCUGUUAUACACAAGCUGCUCAGAUCACCAAAACCUGAACAGCUUUAUCUCAAAUAUGCUCAUGACAUACUUGGCGUGGUUGCACUUCUUGGAGAGGUUCGGACCCACAAGCUUAGCAGCAUGCUUUCAACAUAUCUUGGAGAAGAUCAGAUGCUUGCUAUAGUAUGCAAAUCCCGUGCAGCUGCCAGAGCUCUUGAAAAUUAUCAAAUGGAUGGAAAUGUGAAUUGCGGCAGUGCUCUUGACAUAUUAGCAGCUAAGCUUGGAAUUUCCAUCAAGGGUCGAUAUUUGGUUAUAUGCCUUGAGGAUAUAAGGCCAUAUAAGCAAGGAGUCAGCAGUGAUCCCCAAAGAGAACUUGCUAUUCCACAGCCUACUUUAUCAAACAGAGAAACUCCCCCAGGCUUUUUGGGCUACGCGGUUAAUAUGAUAUUCCUUCCUGCAGAAUAUUUGCAGUUUAGAACUGCUUCAGGUUAUGGUCUCCGAGAGACAUUAUUUUAUCGUCUGCUUGGUAAGCUUCAAGUCUACAAGUCUAGAGAGCAACUUUACAUGGCAAGUUCCUGUAUAGAAGAUGGUGCGGUUUCCCUGGAUGGUGGAAUGAUGAGAGGAAAUGGAGUUAUAUCUGCAUCUGUUGGAUCUGAGGAUCCAUAUAUUCUAUUUCCAAUCAUCUGUCUGGAAAGACAGUUACUCCUCUCACCUGAGAAAGUAGAAAGAUUGAAGAGAAUCGAAGAGUUGAAGCUGGAACAAAAUCAACUUCAAGAUCGAAUACAGGAAGAGCUUAGGAAUGAAGCCAAGUACAAGAAGAAGUUGGCUAAAAAGCUCAUGGACAAAAAGCAGAUUGAUGAUCAGUUUGAGGAUGCACUUCUACGAAUCGUUCCUGAGGCACCGCUUAUGCAUGAUCCAUCGCUCAAUCAAGGAGGUCAGACUAGUUCCAUUACUUUUGCUGGCAAUCGGGACAUAAUACAAAAUAGAACUGCUGAGGCUGUUAGCUGCCAUUCCAAGGUGAAACUUGAGGAUGCAAUUGAGGAGACUGGUCUUCAAAUUAAACACCAUGAUGAUAACAUAAAAUUCUUAGAGGGUCAGAAGAACAGGUUGGAUGAUUCAAUUUUGGAUUUAGAAGCUGCUCUCGCCAAGACUUAUUCAGCAAGUGGAACUGGUUCUGAAAAUAAGGAAUCUUCCAAUGGGCAGAAUGAGGAGGAAACAAUUGAACAAAUCUUAAGUUUUGAUAAAUCUGCAGCUGCCAUCUGUGUCCAGCUGCAAAAGCGUACUGGAGCUCAGAUUACUAAUAUUCCAUUUAUGAAGGACAUAGUAGGAAUUGUUGCUUUGCUUGGGAAGGUUGACGACGACAAUCUCAGCAGGACUCUCUCAGAUUAUCUUGGGCAAGGAACCAUGUUAGCAAUUGUUUGCAAGACGCUUGAUGGACUUAAAGCACUGGAAACAUAUGAUAAGGAAGGUCUUAUAAUUAAAAGUUCUGGUCUUCAUGGAGUUGGAGCUUCAAUUGGAAGACCUUUGGAUGACCGAUAUCUUGUAAUUUGUCUUGAGAACUUAAGACCAUACACCAGUGAAUUUAUUGCUGAUGACCCUCAGAGAAGGCUGUCCAUAAAGAAGCCAAGAUACGUCAACGGGAAAACUCUUCCUGGUUUUCUUGGUUUUGCUGUCAAUAUGAUCAAUAUUGACACUGAUAACUUAUAUUGUGUUACAAGCAAUGGUCAUGGACUGAGAGAGACCCUCUUCUAUGGACUCUUCUCACAGUUGCAAGUAUACAAAACAAGGGCAGACAUGAUGCAGGCACUACCCUUUAUAGCUGGUGGAGCCAUAUCAUUGGAUGGUGGGAUCAUAAAGAGUGCUGGUAUAUUUUCCCUAGGCAAAAGGGAAGUACAGAUCAAAUUUCCAAAGAGUUGUGGAAGGUCAUAUAUACCUGAAAACUAUUUUGAAACUGAGAUCCGGAUGAAGGAGCUGAAGUGGGAAAGGGUAAGAUGUGUGGAAGAUUUAGAGAGAGAGCAAACAUUGCUGACCAAUGCUAAGAACAACUUUGAAAUAAGGAAAGAAGAGUUUGUCAAGUUUCUUUCACAAAGCUCAUCCCAUCUUUGAGGGUGUUUAGUUAGACUAUGAAUGCUUGAGCUUUCUUUACUUGAUACUCUUUGUCCGUACAUCUUGCUUUAAUUGAUUGAUGAUGUCAUUUGAUAGCUGCAGACUGUACUUGCAUUUUAUCUUGUUAGGUGAGAACUCUGCAUGGAUAAGAGAUCCUAUUUUUUGCCCUGGGAACUGUUUAAGCUUGUGCUUGCCUUAGUAUGCCAGUUAUCAAUGCUUUAUUGAGCUGUCUAAAGAUCGAUGUACGUAGAUAUAGGAAGUGAGAGGCUAAAACCAUUUCACGAGAAAGGGAUGAAAUUGGUUUUUCUUGGAUGCAGUAAGACUGUCCUUUUUCAACCGAUCCCCUGUAUCCUCCAAAAGAUCAUGUUUACAUUAAAUUAAUAAGAGACUACCCACCAAAUGCAGGCUGGAACGAUGUGCCACCAAUGUUCUUCUCCAUUUCCUUUGACAGACCAGUUCCUUCUUCUUUGGAGGUGCUAACAAAUUCCAUAUUACCCCAUUUACUGCUCCUGACAACCUCUGAAUUGAAUGUCGAUGGUAGAGAAGCAUUUAUGAAUCACAAGUACAGAUCUUCUUUCUUCUGUGGCAUCUACAUAAUUGCUUCCUUGUAUUUGGAGUAUUCAAGUGGCAAGAUUUGAAUCUUUGGACAUUUUUUAGGCUAGACAAAUCAGGAGCUUCUGAAGUUCCGCUGAAGCAAUUUGUUCCUAGAGGAGACAUAUAUAAAUUGGAAAUUUAGUCUAGGUAUUGAAUAGUCAUUUAGUUGCGAAGUUUUUGCCAUAAUGUUAAAAAUCCUAGUAUUGAAUUUUGGAGAGAGAAAAUAUUGAAGAAACGAGUGGAAUAUAUGUCAAGGCAACCAAAGGAAGACUACUAGUAGAUAAAAGAUAUAAUUUAGGAAGAUCUAGAUAAGAGGUGCCUUGUUUAUCAACUGGAGUGUUUGUAAGAAGAAAUUGGAGUUGUUUCUAGAUGUAGAGCAUAGCGAAAGAAUACAGUUUAGACUGUACAUGUUUGUGAAAUUUAGCUUUUUAAAGCAAAUUCUGAAUUUGUAGUAGUGUAUUAGGGAAUUUUGUUUCACACCCGAAUUGGCUACAUCUACGAUAGAGGGUCUUCUUUUGAGGGAAAAAAUCUUUUUGAACGGCAUCUCAGCAAAAGAGAACUUGAACUGUGAACCAUAAGGCAAGUACUUAAAUGCUAAUACAAACUUCUCCCACAUACACACAUGAAGGGGGGAUAAUCAAACCACCACUUUGCUAGAUGAGUCUGGAGACCCAAGAGUCCGCCACAGAACCUAGACCUCGAGAGGCAAAGAUCCAAGUAGCUACAACAUGAAGUAAGCUUCACUUGUAACCUUAAGGAAUAUAGAAAGUUAUUCGAAAUUCCUAGCAAGGACUUUGGAUGCUAUUCAUUCCUAAAUUCCUUUUGCCCUUAACUUGCGAACUCGAAUUAAACUGAGUGAAGCCUGAGAUUCUUUUCGAAGACUUGAAGAUAUAUAGUUGAAGAGGAGAAACUUUAAUCAGAGCAAAGGUUGGGUUUGUUUUUUGGUUGUAUUUUCCUCAUUUUGAUCCUGGGGCUGUUGCAAAUAUGAUGCAACACAUCUUGCACCAUAUUUGUAUAUUACCUUUAUAAAAAAAUGUCUUGCACCAUAUUUGUUGUUCGUAAGAGACGAAGGAAGCCCUGCUCCACAAACGAAGGGGACUAACUGCACUGAUCACCCUCAUAGUUUGAAUUUCUAAAAAGAUUACAAUAGAAGAGUUUGUCAUCUUUUUUUUUAGAAGGUUUAAAUAAGCAUAGACAUAAUUAAUUUAGGGUGUUCGUUGUCUUUUUAAGUAGAGGUCUACUAGGAUACCUACAAGAGAUAGACUUUUCAUCUAUGCUUAGUAUUAUGAAAAGCAAAAAGCGCAACAAACAGUUAAGGUUCUUUAGAGCUUUGCAAAGUACAAAUAAGAUGUGGGCUUUAAUGAAAAACGACGCAAAGGGUGAAAAAAUACAAUUAUGCAUAUGUUUAAUCCAAGACUAAUAAUUAUUGGGGAAAAUAUACAAAAGGGCCUGUUAUUCGUCUAUUUCAAAAAAAAAAAAACAAGAGGCUAAAUUGGACAUUGGACAUACCCUUCUUCUUCUUCCUAACAAUUUUUGCCAUUAAUGGCUUCUUUUCCUCCUUCUUCCUACUUCCCCCCCUCAUCCUCUUCCGUCCUCAUCAUCAUCAUUCUUCUUAGUCGUCUUCUUUCUCCUUUUUUUUAAUUAAUGUAUCGAAAAUGUGAAUCAUUACGAGCAAAUAUAUAUCUAAAGACUCGAAUCAUCGAACAAAUUUCAUAUCUAAUCUCAAAUUUUGGAAUUGUUUAGAAGUUAUUUAGAACUGAUCGAGUUUGAACACUCUAUGUAUACUUCAUGUGUAGUUAAGUUAUUUUUCAGCUUUUUGAGUGUAUCACAUUGUAUAGUUAGUUUAUAACUUAUGUAUAGGUAAGCUACAUUGUAUAAUCAGUACAUUACUUUCUAUGACUUUUGGCAAGCUAUAUAUUCAAGCUUUUACAUAAAUCAACUUAGAUAUGACUUAACUUUUAUCUGCUUGGCAUCGAUAACACUAAUUAUUACGAAAACAUCAUUACUAGGAUGAAUAAUCUAACUAGAUUCACUCAAGUAUAUAGCCUUGAAAGAUAGGAUGAGCUUUGUGAAAGAAACUUGACAAACUUUUGUUUCCUCAUUUCAUAGUUGAUCUUUGCAUCGGUCAGCAAUGUUUGCUCUCUCUGUAAAUCGCACCCUUUUCCACUUCAGCUCUUUCAUCUGUCUCUCAGUUUCAAAAUAGCUUUCAGGUAGAUUCAACCUUCUAGAACUCUUUGAAAAUUUGAUCUUUACUUUACUUCCCUUAACAAAAAAUAUACACGAGAAAGAUAGAAUACAAAUGAUUAAGUUAUGCAAAAUAAACAAACAACAAAUUACAUAAACACAAGAAUAAGAUUAAAAACAACGAUAAUGAGAUUAAGAUAUAAAUAAUUACCAAAAACCAUUCAGGUAUAUCUAAAAUAUAUCGUAAACUUGUACGUGAUAAUAUUGAAACUAAUCUCCCAGAAAAUUAUAUUAUCUUUCCUGAUUAACUUUUUAUAAUGUGUUGAUGACUUUUUUCAUUGGAGGUGCAAAUAAAUUUCAUAUUUCCCCAUUUACUUUCUCCUGACAUCUCUUGAAUAUAGAAUUUCUUUGUCUGUCUAUCUUUAAUUGAAUAUGAUGGUAAAGAAACAUUUAUGAGUAAGCGUAUCUUGUUAUCAAUGUCUUUCCACCCAACUUCCAAAUCUAGCUCAGGGAUGACAAGUGUAGAUCUUCUUCUUCCACGUAGAUUUGACAUCUACAUAUUUGCCUCCUUGUAUUUAAAGUAUUCAAAUGGCAAUAUAUGAAACUUUGGAAAUUUAUUAGGCAAGAAAAAUGAGGAGCUUGGGAAGAAUCUUUUGCAGAAUUUACUUUAAAGAAAGAUUUAAUUUAUGUAAACUUCUGCUGAAGUAAUUUGUUCGAAGAGAAGACAUGGAUAAAUGAGAAAUUUAGUAGUUGAGGCAUUAAAUAGUCAUUUAAUGGUAAAGGUUCUCGCUAUAAUAUUAAAUAAACUAGAAAUACUUGUAAAAAUUAAGAGAGAAAAUAUUGUAGAAAUGAGUUGAAUGAAUGUAAUGGGAACCAAAGGAAGACUACUAGUAGAUUAAGGACACAAUUUAGGAAGAUCUAGAUAACAGUUAUCCAGGACAGGUCCCUAGUAUAUCAUAUGGAUUGUUUGUAAAGAAGAAAUUAGAGGUUUUUUGAACGUAGAGCAUAGCGAUAGUAUAUAUUACAAAAUGCACAUGUUUAUGAAAUCAAGCCUUUUACGUUAAAACACAAUCUCUGAAUCUGUAGAAUUUAUCGCGGAAUUCCUUCCAUGCCCGACUCGGCUAUAUCUCUGAUAGUGGGUCUUGUUUUGAUGAGGGAAAAAUCUUUUUUGAAAGGCAUCUCGGUGAAAGAGGACUACUAAUCGCGAAGCAACAUACACUCAUGAUGGGGGGGACCAAGCCACCACUUUUACCUAAUGAGUCCGGAGACCAAUAAGCAUACCACUUCUUUGUUGUCGUCGUCUUUUUCUUAUUCGUUGUUGUCUUCUUCUUUCUUUUUUUAUUUAAUGUAUAGAAUACGUGAAUCAUUUCAAUCGAAUUAUAUAUCAAAGAACUCAAAUCAUCGAGCGAAUUUCAUAUCUAAAAUUUGGAACUGUUUGGAGGUGAUUUUGUGUUGAUCGAAACUGAAUACUCAAUGUAAUCUUCAUGGUUAGUUGAGUUAUUUUUAAGCUUUUGAUGUAUCACAAUGUAUAGUCAGUGUACUACUCGUGUAUAGGUAAUCUAUAUUGUAUAGUUAGAGGUUGUUUGUUUGCAAACAAGUUAUCCCAUGAUUAGUUAUCUUGGAUUAGCUAUCAUGGAAUUACCCACUAUUUAUAUGGGAUAAAUUAUCCCAUUGCUAUGAUAUAGAUGGUGGGAUAAGUUACCCCAAACAUGGCAACCAAACAGAUACAAAAACUUUAUCCUACCACUAUUUAUUUCUAUCACUCACACCACACUGUCCCUCAGUGUAUUACUUUCUAUGACUUUUGACGGAUUAUUAUGUAAAUAAAAUAUGGUUAUUUCAAAACCUGUUUGGAUUGAUUUAUUUUAAGUGUUUUUAAGAUAAAAUAGCUUUUAAGCAGUUUCGUAGUGUUUGGAUAAGUUAAAAAAGUACGUAUAAGCACUUAGUUUUAAGAUAAAAUGACAAAAAUAAAUCAAAAGUCAUAAGUAUGAGUUGUAACUUAAGGUUUUUGGCUUAUAAGUCAAAACUGAAAAGCCAAUCCAAACAAGCUGUAAACUAAUAAUUUUAUUGUAUAUAUUUGAAACUAGCCCAUAAUUAUUAGCAUGAAUGACAAAUAUAAGAACAAACAAAUUGAAUUUUUUUGUACGAUAGAAGUGAAAUAUCAAUUGCUUAGUGUUACAUCUUCAUAAGAGAUUCAUUGAUAACGAAAAGUAUGCCUUAGACUCUUGAUGCUGAUAUUGAAGCGCGCAAAGCGCUCAAUAAGUUUUGAUACUCGCUUUAGGGCCCAUAUGCUAACUAUGAUUGUUUGGUUUCAUUUAUUGUGUUUGCAUGUAUGGAAAAAAACCUAAUAGAAAAUGUUGACUACCUAUGCUAAUAUAAUAAUAAAGACUUCUUCAUAUAAAUGUGCUGAAAAUGCUUUUCUUUCAUAUAUUUUUUCUUUUUAGUGAAAAGAGUCACACGUUAUGACAAGCAUAUUAUUAGAAGACUCUAGCUUUGCUUCCUUAUCCUUGCUAACUAGAAAUGAACCCUCACGAGUUGAGUAAAAGCACCUAGCCUAUCCCCCCCCCCCCUCUCUUUACGAGCUGUUUUUGUACUCCAAAUUAAAGAACCUUAAAAAUUUCAUAAUUGCAUUGUUGUUAGCUUUUUGGCAUAAAAUGCAGGAUGAUUUUAAUUCUAUAUAGAAUCCAUUACAGAGGUAAAAAAAGGCAGUCAAUAUUGUACCUACAUAUUUCUCUCUCACUGCUACUUUUUGUAAAUAAAGUAAUACGUGUAUUACUUACCACUACUACCUUAUGAUGUUUUGUUCUCAGUGUAUGAUCUAUUGUCGUCGUGUAUGCAGCCACAGUGACAUCCUGCAGUAACUUGUAGUAGAGUGGUACCUCAUUCUCAACAGACCGUCUUAACUUCUGUCUAGACAUAUUAAAAUGCUCAUGGAUGCAGUUUAUACCGCUCUUGAUUCUUUUCACGACGUGGGCUAUGAUAAAGAAGUGGUUAUGGAGAAGAUUGAAGGAAAGGCAGACACUGCAGUUGUUGUUGUCCACAAGCUGCUCAGAUCACCAAAACCUGAACAGCUGUAUCUCAAAUAUGCUCAUGACAUACUUGGCGUGGUUGCAAUUCUUGGAGAGUUUCAGACCCAUAAGCUUAGCAGGUUGAUGAUGGUAUCCUUUUCUUUAAAAACGACUCAGUUUAAGAACUUCCUUGGCAGUAUGGAUGUAAUUACAUAUGUUACCUAUCCAUAGCAUGCUUUCAACACACCUUGGAGAAGAUCAGUUGGUUGCAGUAGUAUGCAAAUCCCGUGCAGCGCCAGAGCUCUUGACAAUUAUCAAAUGGAUUGAAAUGUGAAUUGCACCAGUGUUGUUGACAUAUUAGCAGUUAAGCUUGGAAUUUCCAUCAAGGUUCAAGAUUUCUGUUGGAUCAGAUCUUUUGUGAAGCUUUUGGACCUAGCAAAAAGGGCUCUAAGCCUUCACGCAAGCAAGCGUAUAAGUCAUGGAACUACGUUGGCCCUCUCACCCGAGAAAGUAUAAAGAUUGAAGAUAAUCGAAGGCUUGAAGCUGGAACUUAAUUAGUCAAUUGCAUGAUCAGAUUAAGGAAGAGAUUAGGACUCGGACAAAGUACACCUUUGCCUGGAAUUUACAACUCUGACAUGCUGGUUUGCUUCUUGCGAGUCUUGUACAUGUAUUUACUCCGGUCACUUCUGUUAAAUCUAUGUGUUUUGAACUAUGGUAAAUUCCAUGAAGAGCAGGUAGUAAGAAUAGGUUGUAAAAACGUGGUCCAGUAAUUCAGCAAUUUUGAUUUGAAAAGGUUUUCAGCAAACUUGUUUAAGGAAA